GCAUCCCUUGUUCCCCUUGCUGGCCCUGGUCUUUGAGAAGUGUGAGCUGGCGACCUGCUCCCCCAGGGAUACCUCGGGCUCUUACCCCGGUGGGGACGUCUGCUCCUCCGAUUCCUUCAACGAGGACAUAGCCGUCUUCGCCAAACAGAUUAGGACAGAAAAACCUUUAUUUUCUUCCAAUCCUGAGCUGGAUAAUUUGAUGAUUCAGUCCAUCCAGGUGCUGCGAUUCCAUCUCCUGGAAUUAGAAAAGGUACACGACCUGUGCGACAAUUUCUGCCACCGCUACAUCACCUGCCUGAAGGGGAAGAUGCCCAUCGACCUGGUAAUCGACGACCGGGAUGGGGGCUCCAAAUCCGACCUGGAGGACUUCACGGGGUCCUGCGCCAGCCUCUCCGACCAG